CCGAAACGCACUCUUUUCCCCGCCAUUCGCUUCCAAUUUCUUUUCCCAAUCUAUCCCUCUAGGGCUCUUACUCUCUCACACACACUCAACUUUCUAAUUUCUUCACAUAAACCCUAAUUCCCUUCAAUUCGCCCUCAGAUUUCCCCAUUUUGACGCGUUCUGCAUCUUCAUGCUCUUCCGGUGACCAAUUCAUGAAUUUUCCAGUCACUUCCGGCGCCGUCACGGCGGUGGCGUCCUCCGGCCACCGCGGCAUCAGCUUGUCGAACACCGUCCACUCUGAUGUUGCUUCGUGCUUGCCGUUGCCGUCGCUUCCGGUGUUCUGCGGUGCUUCCGAUCAGGACCUCCGCCUCUUUGACGCGCCGAUGCAUUUGAACGGCGUCGACGUGCUCGCGCAGUCCAGUAAGAUCGCCGAGCUACUCCGGCACACCGAUGUGUCUUACUUGAAUUUAAGAGAUGAUGCCAGGAGUGUUCCGCAUACCUAUGUUGAGCCUUUAGAACUCCAUGAUGAAGUUCUUAGGUGCAAUCCCGAAGCAUUCAAAUGCAGCGCUGCAGGUCCUGUCAAGGAGCAGAUCUCUGGCAUUGCUUUACCUGAUAAGAACACCUUUGAAUCAAGUUUUCCUGUCCCAAGUCACACUCAAAAAGACUAUAACGUGACCCAUAGUCGCCAGCUUGAUAAUUUUUCCACAAAUGACAUUUCUACAUUGUCUUCUAAAAAAUCAAAAGUCAAGAAGAGAGGUGGCGAUGUAAUAUCUGUUGAUCUCGAUCCUGCUGAGCUUCAAGAUGCCAACAUUGGAAGAUUUUGUGAGUUUUUGGAGGACUUGUGCAGCAAAGCUGAAUUUAAUAGUGAUGAUCGAGAUGAAGCAGAAUGGUUGCCAUUGCCUCUUUCAGAUCUUAGAUUGCUUGUUAAUGAAAUAAUGUCUAUACGUGAGAAGAAACUUCUGCAUUUGGUUCCCGUAGAAAUCCUUGUUAGAUUACUAAAAGUUCUAGAUCAUCAGAUACAUAGAGCAGAAGGCAUGUCAAUUGAGGAUUGUGAUAACUCAGAUUCAGAAUUAAUCUCAUCUGUCUUAAUUGCGUUGGAGUCCAUUCAUGCUGCGCUGGCGGUGAUGGCUCAUACUGAGAUGCCAAAACAACUUUAUAAAGAAGAGAUCAUCGAGAGAAUUCUGGAGUUUUCCAGGCGUCAAAUAAUGGAUGUGAUGUGUGCAUGUGAUCCAUCCUACCGUGCACUACAUAGACCUAGUGAAAACACUGCAGUUGAAGUUGAUGAUUAUGAAGAAAAUGAUGCUGAAUUUGGUUCAGCAAGCAAGAAACGGCGUACUAGCAAGACUUCGAAGUUGAAGAAAUCAGCAUCAAGCAGGGUCUCUACUGCUGUGAACACUAUUCUUCAGAAGUUGUGUACUGUUCUUGGACUACUCAAGGAUUUGUUGUUAAUAGAGAGGUUAUCAGAUAGUUGCGUUCUACAACUUGUAAAAACAAGCAUUACAACAUUCUUGGUUGAUAAUAUCCAGCUUUUGCAAUUGAAGGCAAUUGGUUUAGUCAGUGCGAUAUUCUAUUUAUACACACACCAUCGCACUUAUGUGAUAGAUGAAAUGCUUCAGCUUCUUUGGAAAUUACCAUAUUCAAAACGAGCUUUAAGAGCUUAUCACAUACGCGAGGAAGAACAAAGGCAGAUCCAGAUGGUUACUGCUUUGCUGAUUCAGUUAAUUCAUUGUAGUGCUAACCUUCCUGAUGCUUUAAGACAAGCAUCGAGCGGUAAUGCUGUAUUAGAAGUCUCGGUUGAUGUUGGUUAUCCAACUAAAUGCAAUGAGGCCGCAACAGAAGCCUGUUGUCUAUUUUGGAGCCGUGUGCUUCAGCGACUUGCAAGUGUGAAGACUCAGGAUGCUUCUGAGUUGAAAUCCAUAAUAGAGAAUCUUGUUACAGAUUUACUGACAACUCUAAAUUUACCUGAAUAUCCUGCUUCAGGUCCUAUUCUAGAGGUUCUGUGUGUCCUACUACUUCAGAACGCUGGGCUGCAAUCUAAGGAUAUCUCUGCACGCUCCAUGGCGAUUGAUAUUCUUGGUACAAUUGCUGCAAGGCUGAAGCGUGAUGCUGUUAUUUGUAGCCGGGAAAAGUUCUGGAUAGUUCAAUUUUUAUUUAGUCAGGAUUCUACUUCUAAGCAUUAUCCAAAAGAUACGUGUUGUGUCUGUUUGGGUGGAAGGGUAGAAAACUUGUUCAUAUGUCACAGCUGCCAGAGACUUUUUCAUACUGAUUGCCUGGGCAUUAAAGAACAUGAAGUUUCCAGCCGGAACUCGUACUGUCAGACAUGCAUCUGUUGUAAGCAACUGCUUGUAUUACAAUCAUAUUGCAGUUCCCAGCGCAAGGAUGAUGUCAGAAAGAAUCGCAAUGCAUCUAAAGAUGAUUCUGAUGUUUCUAAGCAUGAAAUUGUUCAACAGUUGCUUUUAAAUUACCUUCAAGAUGUCACCUCCACUGAUGACCUGCAUCUUUUCAUUUGCUGGUUUUAUCUCUGCAUGUGGUACAAAGAUGAUCCAAAUUGUCAGCAGAAGUCCAUUUACUACCUUGCUAGAAUGAAAUCAAGAAUCAUAGUACGGGAUUCUGGUACUGUGUCUUCUAUGUUGACAAGGGAUUCAAUCAAAAAGAUUACUUUAGCUUUGUGCCAAAACAGUUCACUUUCUCGAGGGUUUGAUAAGAUUCUUCACAUGCUUCUGGCAAGCUUGAUGGAGAACUCUCCAGUUAUUAGGGCCAAGGCUUUACGAGCAGUUAGUAUCAUUGUAGAGGCUGAUCCAGAGGUAUUGGGUGAUAAACGAGUACAAUUAGCGGUCGAAGGAAGGUUUUGUGACUCUGCGAUAUCUGUUAGAGAAGCAGCAUUGGAACUUGUUGGUAGGCAUAUUGCUUCACAUCCAGAUGUGGGUUUUAAGUAUUUUGAGAAGAUUGCGGAGAGAAUCAAAGAUACUGGAGUCAGUGUUCGAAAACGAGCCAUAAAAAUUAUUCGAGAUAUGUGCAGUUCAAAUGCCAACUUCUCUGGGUUUACAAGAGCUUGCACGGAGAUAAUUUCACGUGUUAGUGAUGAUGAAUCAAGUAUCCAGGACCUUGUUUGCAAAACAUUUUUUGAGUUCUGGUUUGAGGAGCCUUCUGGUUCACAAGCUCAGGUCUUCGGAGAUGGUAGUACUGUUCCACUUGAGGUAGCUAAGAAAACGGAUCAAAUUGUUGAAAUGUUGAGAAGAAUGCCCAAUAAUCAACUUCUUGUAACUGUAAUAAAGCGCAACUUGUCGCUUGAUUUUUUGCCGCAAUCUGCAAAAGCCAUUGGGGUCAACCCAGUGUCCCUUGCAGCAGUGCGUAAGCGUUGUGAGUUGAUGUGCAAAUGUUUGCUGGAGAAGAUAUUGCAGGUUGAGGAAGUGAACAGCGAUGAAGUUGAAGCACAUGCACUUCCAUAUGUGCUUGUCUUGCAUGCAUUUUGUCUUGUGGAUCCAACUCUCUGUGCUCCAUCCUCUAACCCUUCCCAAUUUGUUGUUACUUUGCAGCCAUAUCUGAAGACUCAGGUUGACAAUCGCAUGGUUGCACAGCUACUUGAGAGUAUAAUAUUUAUAAUUGAUGCUGUGUUGCCCUUGCUUCGGAAGUUACCUCCGAGUAUUGUUGAGGAACUUGAGCAAGAUUUGAAACAUAUGAUUGUCCGGCAUUCAUUCUUGACAGUUGUCCAUGCUUGUAUCAAGUGCCUCUGCUCUUUGAGUAAGAUGGCAGGAAAAGGGGCUGCUGUAGUUGAGCAUCUUAUUCAGGUCUUCUUCAAACAUUUGGAAGCCCAGGCAGUUGAUAACAAGCAGCAAGUUGGGCGAUCUCUCUUCUGUCUUGGGUUGCUUAUUCGUUAUGGCAACUGUUUGUUAGCAAGCUCCAGUAAUAAACUUAUUGAUGUCAGAAGGAGUAUCAGCUUGUUUAUAAAGUAUCUUUCGGUGGAGGAUUUCAUCAUUAAGGUUCGAUCGUUGCAGGCACUAGGGUUUGUUCUAAUUGCUAGGCCUGAUUAUAUGUUGGAAAAUGAUAUUGGAAAGAUAGUGGAGGGAACAUUAUCUUCUACUGCUGAUGCUCGCCUUAAGAUUCAAGCAUUGCAAAACAUGUUCGAGUAUCUUCUUGAUGCUGAAAGCAAAAUGGAAACAGAUAAAGCUGAUGAUAAUGUAGCUGAAUACUCAGUUGGAGCUGGGCAGAGUGUACCUGUUGCUGCUGGUGCUGGGGAUACAAACAUAUGCGGGGGCAUAGUUCAGUUGUAUUGGGAUAAUAUUUUAGGCAGAUGUUUGGAUUUCAGUGAUCAAGUUCGCCAAACAGCCCUGAAGAUUGUCGAAAUAGUGCUGCGCCAAGGUCUUGUUCAUCCCAUCACCUGUGUUCCAUACCUUAUAGCACUUGAAACAGAUCCUCUGGAAUCAAAUUCAAAGUUGGCUCAUCAUCUCCUAAUGAAUAUGAAUGAGAAGUACCCUGCAUUUUUUGAAAGCCGCUUGGGUGAUGGACUUCAGAUGUCAUUUAUGUUCAUACAAUCUAUUUGCGGUAGUUCUGAAAAUGUUAACCAUAAGAUCCAAUCUAAGAACCCUGUCUCUGGAAAAGGGAAACCUGAGGUUGCCUCCCUCACUCAAGCAAGACUUGGGGUUUCUCGAAUAUACAAGCUCAUUCGAGGGAAUCGGUUAUCACGGAACAAAUUUAUGGCCUCAAUUGUACGAAAAUUUGAUAAUCCACGCUGGAACAGAUUAGUAAUAGCUUUCUUAACAUACUGCACCGAGGUCCUUGCAUUGCUGCCAUUCAUUUUACCUGAUGAGCCACUUUAUUUAAUCUAUGCUAUCAAUCGAAUAGUUCAAGUGAGGGCAGGGCCGCUGGAAGCUAACUUUAAAGCCUGGAGUUCAAGCUUGUUGCGAAGUGAGGGUCAUAGUACACCUCAAGGGAAUGGAAUGUAUCAACAGGGGCCAGAUGAGCAUACACUUACAACCCAUGUGAUGUCAAUGGACUUGAAUGGAACAUUUCAGCAAAACCUUGAUGCUCAGCUCAAUAUCAAUGACAUGAGAUCAGUGGAUUUAAAUGGAACAUAUCACCAACAGCCAGAUCAUCCUUUAUCAAACAAUGGUAGCUCAGAAGCAAAGCCGCAUGCUACAAGUUUGCCAGAUUCUUUUGCCUUCUCAAAAGAAGAUCUGGAGAAAAUUCAGGUUGAUUGUUUAUCGGCGAUUGCAUUGCAACUUCUUUUAAAGCUAAAGAGGCACCUAAAAAUCAUGUAUAGUCUCAAUGAUGCCCGAUGUCAGGCUUAUUCUCCAAAUGAGCCCCCAAAACCUGGAGAGGUCAUAUCCAGACAGAAUAUUGCGUUUAACAUUAGUGAAUGUCAGUUAAGUUUGCCUACAAGUCCGCAAGAAUUAAUACAAAGAUACCAGGAAUUUAAGAAUGCAUUGAAGGAAGACACUAUGGACUAUACACUUUACACUGCAAAUAUAAAACGGAAGCGACCUACGCCGAGAAAAGUUCGGAAACCCGUACACAUGGCAGGUGGGGACUUCGACGAGGAGGAUGACGAUGAGGAUUGGACCGGUGGAAUGCGCAAGAUAAAUAGUAGUGGCCGCAGGAGUGGCCUUAGAAGCUCUAGGCAAUAUUGAUUUAUGUGUAAGUACAUGAUAGUUAGGCUAACUUGUACAUUAAAUAGGAAGUAAAAAAAGAAUACAGGAUAGGAUGAAAGCCAACAGAAUAGGGGUUAAGGAAACAGGGUGUAGGAAAGCAGGGCCUGGAAUACUCCUAGCCGUCUUAGUGGAUGUAUGAUUUUUGUCUGUUUCCGUUUGUAAUUUGCUUCAUAUUAUAGUGGCUGCAUUCUUUUGUUUAUGAAAAUUCAUCUCAGCGCCAUCCAAA